UACUUGUCUAGUUGGAACGGAAAGCACUACUUUAGAGCAUCUGCAAUUUAAUUUAGCUACGAUUAAGGCUGCGACAAAUAGGUUUUCUCACGAAAAUAGUUUAGGGAGAGGUGGAUUUGGACAAGUUUUUAAGGGUAUUCUUUUAAAUGGCCAAGAAAUAGCUGUGAAGAGACUUUCAAAGGGAUCUGGCCAAGGUGCAGAAGAGUUUAAGAACGAGGUUUUAUUAAUAGCUAGACUCCAGCACAGAAAUUUGGUGGCAUUGUUAGGAUUUUGUAUUGAAGAGCAAGAGAAAAUACUAGUGUAUGAAUAUGUUCCUAAUAGAAGCCUUGAUUACUUUUUAUUUGGUUCCCAAAACAGCAGGGUAUUAGAUUGGAUGGAGCGUAGUAAAAUCAUAAGAGGAGUUGCUCUAGGAAUUCUUUAUCUACAUGAAUAUUCUUGUCUAAAAAUCAUACAUCGAGAUCUCAAACCUAGCAAUAUUUUGUUGGAUGAUGAAAUGAAUCCAAAAAUUUCAGAUUUUGGCCUAGCUAAGAUGGUUGCUAUUAGUGAAAAUGAAGGAAGUACAAAUCGAAUUGCUGGAACAUAUGGUUAUAUGUCUCCAGAAUAUGCAAUGUUCGGACAAUAUUCUGAAAAAUCAGAUGUUUUUAGUUUUGGAGUUAUAGUUUUAGAAAUUAUCAGUGGAAAGAAGAAUACAGGUUGUCAUGAUUCACAAUAUGCCGGUGGCCUCUUAAGCUAUACUUGGAAGCAAUGGACGGACGACAAGUUGCUAGAGAUACUGGAUUCAAAUAUAAAUGAAUUGGGGUCAUACAAUGAAGUGAUCCAGUGCAUUCAAAUUGGUUUAUUAUGCGUUCAAGAAAAUCCAAAUACAAGGCCUUCCAUGGCCACAGUUGUUUCAUAUCUUAGCAAUGAUUCUAUUCAAUUGCCGUCACCACAGGAACCUGCUUUCUUUUUGCAUGGCCAACCGGAGCCUAUUAUCACCAGUGCAAGUGGAGAACCAUGCUCUGUUAAUGAAGCUUCUAUGAGUGAAUUCUUUCCUCGCUAA